AUGCCGCUUGGACGUAAUCGACUCGAUGAGGUGGAUGGCCUACAGGGAACAGAGCAUGGAAAUAUUGAGCUUCGCGAACGACGCGUUGUACCGGAGCGACGGGUGGUUGACGAGGGACAGGGUCCUCUGGAACAUGCUCUUCGACGGGUUGAGCAGCGUCUUGGUCGACUGGUUCGUGGACUUCCUCGACUGGAACCUCCUCAACUGGUGCAGCGACCUCUUCGACUGGCUCUUGAGCCUCCUCAACUGGAGCAGGAGCCACGGGUACAACAGCAGACGGUCCGGGAGCAUUUCCUUGUUGAUUCGGUUGAUUUGUCGGCGGAACGUCGUCUGCCGGUCCGUCAUCUGAUGAUACUUUGCUCGAUGGGCAAAGUCCCGUUACUCCCAUUGGUGAUCUGA